CUUUGAUCUUGAAAGUUAUGUCAUUCUGAAAGAACCGGGGCUAGUGCAAAAAUGAAAGUAUUGGUUCUCUUCACCGUCGUUGCUGUCGCAACCUCGGCAAUAGCAUCCACUAAGCGCGUAACGAAAGCCAUUACUGAAGAAGAUGAUGGACAGUACCACGAAGACAACAGCGGUGAUUACACCGGCUAUAAUUCUGCAUACAAUAACGACGUAACUGCUCAAGAAAAAUCUGCAUUUUAUCCAUCUCAAGGAGCAUCUGGUCAAGCAAGAUCUGGAUCCUAUCAAGGAGGUCCAUAUCAAGUAUCAUCUUACCAAGGAAUAGGUGCUCAGGUAAUACCCUCCCAACAGUUCAGUAGGACUAGCUAUAAUACCUAUAAUAACGAUGGAGAUGACGGCCAGUACCAUCCAAACCCAGAAGACGACGAUGGACAAUAUCAUGAAGACAACAGCGGAGAUUAUUAUUCUGAUAACUCUGGAGACUAUAAAGGAAGCUAUGUUAACGCAGAACCUUACAAUCAUAUUGGUAGCAAUGUGGAACCCUAUAGACACACCCCUGAUCAAUUAUUUCCUUACAAACAUGUUGGUAGCAACGUGGAACCCUAUAGACACACCCCUGAUCAAUUAGUACCUUACAUACCUUACAGUGAUGCUGGGUCUUACAAGCAAGUUCCGGACAACGGUAACUACAAGCAAGUUCCGGACAAAGGUAAUUACAAGCAAGUUCCGGACAAAGGUACCUACAAGCAAGUUCCGGACAAAGGUAACUACAAGCAAGUUCCGGACAAAGGUACAUACGAGCAAAAUCCGGACCUUGGCAACUACAAGCAAGUUCCCGACAAUGGCAAUUACCAGCAAGUUCCGGACAAUGGCAAUUACAAGCAAUUAGGAGAUAAUGGAGAUUACAGACAAGUUGGUAACAGUGAAAACUACAACGGAAAUGAUGGCAAAUAUAAGCCUGACAAUGAAGGUCAAUAUGUUAAUCAAUAUUCAGGAAAAUCGUCGUUCAGUCACACUGGUUCAUAUUCUGGUAGUUCUGGUCCAAAUGUAGUAUCUGGAAAAGUUGGCCAAAAUGCAGAUUCCUCUUUUGUCUAUGAUAAUCAAAAAGUUGUAGAACAAAGUCUUGUACCUCCUUCAUUCUCCAAGUCAGUUAAACAAGGGCAGGCAAAUGACGGUCAAUAUCAUCCAGAUAACAGUGGAAACUACAAUCAAAAAGCAGUAGACGGCAAAUAUUAUUCUAGCAAUGAAGGUCAAUAUGUAGGUCAACAAUCAGGAAAAUCAUCCUUUGGUCAAACUAAUUCAUAUUCUGGUAAUUCUGGAUCAAAUGUAGUAUUUGGAAAAGUUAAUCAACAUGCCGGUUCCUCUUCCGUCUUUGGUAAUCAGAAAGUUGUAGGACAAAAUGUGGAUGGUGCAACAAACGAUGGUCAGUAUCAUCCAGAUAACAGUGGAAACUACAAUCAAAAAUCCGUAGAUGUUGGCAAAUUUAGUUCAGGAAAAUCUUCAUUUACUCAAACUAGUUCAUAUUCUGGUGCUCCUAGUCCAAAUGUAGUCCCUGGAAGAGUUAAUCAACCCGCCGUUUUAUCUUCCGUUUUUGGUAAUCAGAAAGUUGUUGGACAAACUGUCGGGCAGAAAGUUGUUGGUCAAGCCGUUGGAGGUUCCUCCUCUUACAAGUCGGUCGACCAGAGUGCAACAAACGAUGGUCAGUAUCAUCCAGAUAACAGUGGAAACUACAAUCAAAAAUCCGUAGACGUUGGAAAAUAUAGUUCUGGAAAUGAAGGCCAACACGCUGGUCAAUAUUCAGGAAAAUCUUCAUUUACUCAAACUAGUUCAUAUUCUGGUUCACCUAGUCUAAAUGUAGUCCCUGGAAAAGUUAGUCAACCUGCCGGUUCCUUAUCUGUCUUUGGUAAUCAGAAAGUUAUUGGACAAACUGUUGGGCAGAAAGUUGUUGGACAAAUCGUUGGAGGUUCCUCCUCUUACAAGUCGGUCGACCAGAGUGCAACAAACGAUGGUCAGUAUCAUGCAGAUAACAAUGGAAACUACAAUCAAAAAUCCGUAGAUGUUGGUAAAUAUAGUUCUGGAAAUAAAGGUCAACAUGCUGGUCAAUAUUCAGGAAAAUCUUCAUUUACUCAAACUAGUUCAUAUUCUGGUGCUUCUAGUCCAAAUAUAGUCCCUGGAAAAGUUAAUCAACCUGCUGGUUUCUCUUCUGUCUUUGAUAAUCAGAAAGUUGUUGGACAAACUGUUGGGCAGAAAAUUGUUGGCCAAACCGUUGGAGGUUCCUCCUCUUACAAGUUGGUCGACCAAAGUGCAACAAAUGACGGUCAGUAUCAUCCAGAUAACAGUGGAAACUACAAUCAAAAAUCCGUAGACGUUGGCAAAUAUAGUUCUGGAAAUGAAGGCCAACACCCUGGUCAAUAUUCAGGAAAAUCUUCAUUUUCUCAAACUAGUUCAUAUUCUGGUACACCUAGUCUAAGUGUAGUCCCUGGAAAAGUUAGUCAACCCGCCGGUUCCUCAUCUAUCUUUGGUAAUCAGAAAGUUAUUGGACAAACUGUUGGGCAGAAAGUUGUUGGACAAACCGUUGGAGGUUCCUCCUCUUACAAGUCGGUCGACCAGAGCGCAACAAACGAUGGUCAGUAUCAUGCAGAUAACAGUGGAAACUACAAUCAAAAAUCCGUAGAUGUUGGUAAAUAUAGUUCUGGAAAUGAAGGUCAACAUGCUGGUCAAUAUUCAGGAAAAUCUUCAUUUACUCAAACUAGUUCAUAUUCUGGUGCUUCUAGUCCAAAUGUAGUCCCUGGAAAAGUUAAUCAACCUGCUGGUUUCUCUUCUGUCUUUGGUAAUCAGAAAGUUGUUGGACAAACUGUCGGACAGAAAGUUGUUGGUCAAACCGUUGGAGGUUCCUCCUCUUACAAGUCGGUCGACCAAAGUGCAAUAAAUGAUGGUCAAUAUCAUCCAGAUAACAGUGGAAAUUACAAUCAAAAAUCCGUAGACGUUGGCAAAUACAGUUCUGGAAAUGAAGGCCAACACCCUGGUCAAUAUUCAGGAAAAUCUUCAUUUUCUCAAACUAAUUCAUAUUCUGGUACACCUAGUCUAAGUGUAGUCCCUGGAAAAGUUAGUCAACGCGCCGGUUCCUCAUCUAUCUUUGGUAAUCAGAAAGUUAUUGGACAAACUGUUGGGCAGAAAGUUGUUGGACAAACCGUUGGAGGUUCCUCCACUUACAAGUCGGUCGACCAGAGCGCAACAAACGAUGGUCAGUAUCAUGCAGAUAACAGUGGAAACUACAAUCAAAAAUCCGUAGAUGUUGGUAAAUAUAGUUCUGGAAAUGAAGGUCAACAUGCUGGUCAAUAUUCAGGAAAAUCUUCAUUUACUCAAACUAGUUCAUAUUCUGGUGCUUCUAGUCCAAAUGUAGUCCCUGGAAAAGUUAAUCAACCUGCUGGUUUCUCUUCUGUCUUUGGUAAUCAGAAAGUUGUUGGACAAACUGUCGGGCAGAAAGUUGUUGGCCAAACCGUUGGAGGUUCCUCCUCUUACAAGUCGGUCGACCAAAGUGCAAUAAAUGAUGGUCAAUAUCAUCCAGAUAACAGUGGAAAUUACAAUCAAAAAUCCGUAGACGUUGGCAAAUACAGUUCUGGAAAUGAAGGCCAAAAUGCUGGUCAAUAUUCAGGAAAAUCUUCAUUUACUCAAACUAGUUCAUAUUCUGGUACACCUAGUCUAAGUGUAGUCCCUGGAAAAGUUAAUCAACCCGCCGGUUCCUCAUCUGUCUUUGGUAAUCAGAAAGUUGUUGGACAAACUGUUGGGCAGAAAGUUGUUGGUCAAACCGUUGGAGGUUCCUCCUCUUACAAGUCGGUCGACCAAAGUGCAACAAAUGAUGGUCAGUAUCAUCCAGAUAACAGUGGAAACUACAAUCAAAAAUCCGUAGACGUUGGCAGAUAUAGUUCUGGAAAUGAAGGCCAACACGCUGGUCAAUAUUCAGGAAAAUCUUCAUUUUCUCAAACUAGUUCAUAUUCUGGUACACCUAGUCUAAAUGUAGUCCCUGGAAAAGUUAGUCAACCCGCCGGUUCCUCAUCUGUCUUUGGUAAUCAGAAAGUUAUUGGACAAACUGUUGGACACAAAGUUGUUGGACAAACCGUUGGAGGUUCCUCCUCUUACAAGUCGGUCGACCAGAGUGCAACAAACGAUGGUCAGUAUCAUGCAGGUAACAGUGGAAACUACAAUCAAAAAUCCGUAGAUGUUGGUAAAUAUAGUUCUGGAAAUGAAGGUCAACAUGCUGGUCAAUAUUCAGGAAAAUCUUCAUUUACUCAAACUAGUUCAUAUUCUGGUUCUUCCAAUCCAAAUGUAGUCCCUGGAAAAGUUAGCCAACACGCCGAUUUAUAUUCUGUCUUUGGUAAUCAGAAAGUUGUUGGACAAACUGUUGGAGGUUCCUUCUCAAACGAUGGUCAGUAUCAUCCAGAUAACAGUGGAAACUACAAUCAAAAAUCAGUAGAUGAUGGAAAAUAUAGUUCUGGAAAUGAAGGCCAACGUGCUGGUCAAUAUUCAGGAAAAUCUUCAUUUACUCAAACUAGUUCAUAUUCUGGUUCUCCUAGUCCAAAUGUAGUCCCUGGAAUAGUUAGUCAACCCGCCAGUUCCUCAUCUGUCUUUGGUAAUCAGAAAGUUGGUCAACAAUCAGGAAAAUCAUCCUUUAGCCAAAUUAGUUCUUAUUCUGGAUCUGUUGGACCUAAUUCAAUUUCUUCGCCUCUAGCUUCUGGAAUUGGAGGAUCUGCCUUCCAAAGUAAAACAGUUAAUUUUCAAAACUUUAAACCAGUUCAAACUCAACAAUCUUAUUUCAAUUCGUAUUCAGAAGGAGAAUCAGUUAAACCUGGAGUUCAAUUAGUUCAUCAAGUUUUUGAAACUGUUCAACCGAGAGCUGAUGUAGUACCUUUUAACAUCAAAGACAUGCAGCUUAUACAUUCAAAAAUCCAAACUGCACUCUCAUCUAAAUAUGGUAAACAUAAUGAGAAAUUCGAUGAAAAACAUUUUGGUAAUAUCAGGCAAACAGAAGAGUUUACUAAUGAUGGAUAUCAUUACAUGUACGAGACUGAGAAAGGAAUCAUUGGAGAGGAAAUGGGUCAAUUAGUAGGAAAGGGUACAGAUAAAGUACACAUAGAAGUAAAAGGUUUCUAUUCGUACACAGGACCUGACAACGUACUGUACACUGUAGAAUAUUCUGCUGAUUCACUAAAUGGAUAUUUACCCAAAUAUAGCACUGUUGUUAAGAACGCGAUACUUUCAAAGGGAGCUAAAUUUUGUAUUACGAAAUAAAAUAGGUAGUUUUUUAGAAUAAUUUAAUGUAAGUGGAAACAAAUGUGAUAUACCAGUGUACAUAAUGUAAUAUGUAC